CAACGCGUGUCUUUUCUUACGUGAAUAUUCCGGCUAACCGGGAACUUUUGCUCUUAUUUUACGAUUUUUCUUUCUUUUGAAGUUCAGAAGUUUUGAAGUUCAAAAUUUGAACAAAUGUGUUAUAUAAUAUGUCUUAUUUUUGAGCGCUUUGACUACAAAUUUGAGACAUUGACGAUUUGAGAUUUGGCGAAUAUGUGUUUCUACAUUUUAUAAAUUCAUAUGGAUUUGAUUACUUGGAGCUUUGCCAGUUUUUCUAUUUAAUAGAUAACUCUUGCGUCGUAUAGCAGGUUACAAGAAUCAUUUAGACAUCUGUUUCCAAAGAGCAUGGCUGAAAAUUGAAGAAAUAAAUUCUUGUGUCUGUGUUUGCUAUCGUUGCCGCCGGUUUACGUACGAAACAUAUAGUGUUAUAUUUUCUUCCCAAUAGUGACAAUUUAUUUGAAUUAAUUUCUUCAGCCACAAAAGCAGCACAACAACCACCGUUGACAUUUCGUGGAUAUUCUUAUAAUUGUUCACUUACUAUUUUUUUACGUAACAUUUUUAUUAUACCCUUGCACAUUAUAAUUUCAGCUGUGGAAGAAUGCUAUCAAAGCUCUUCCUUGUAUGUUUUUGGGCCGUAGCAAAUUUCAUUGGUGAACGUGUAGAUUUUUGUCAGGAAUAUAGAACUGCGUUGGAAUUGAUGUGAGCUUAUGUAAUAUAUUGUGUGGAUUAUCUGUUCGGAUGACUCCAUGCAUUAAAUGGUUGGAGAAGGGAGCAACACAUAUUUCAUCAACCCCAUGUGUCAGCAGUAGUCGGCAGCAAAGAAUAGUAGGAGGACAUGAUUCCGCUCGAGGGCAGACUACAUACAUCGCUAGUCUAAUGAGACGUGGAGGGCACUUUUGUGCUGCAAGCAUACUAAACGAGCGAUGGUUUCUUACCGCUGGCCACUGCGUUUGCAGUGCUCUGAAUAAACCAGUUCGUCCCAGUCAGAUAAAAGCAAUCCUCGGGCUGUACAAGAUCUCCGAAUUUAACCGGAAUCGAAUUGAAAACGGCGUUAGUAGCCUCCAGUCCGCAUACGAAUCUAGCAUCAAAACCAUAGUAUCACACCCGCAGUAUUCAUGCAAUCUUCCGUACAACGAUAUUGCUUUAUUGGAAGCAUCCAAAGUAAUUUUUUUUGAUCAACACGUACGGCCGAUCUGUUUGGCUAGUAAGUAUGAUAAUUCCGGUCAAGUAGAAGGUAAGAGUGCGAUCGUUUCUGGCUGGGGUUGGAACCAAGAGAACCAAAGGGACGGAAACAAACCUGAUACGUUACAACGUGCAGUGGUGGAUGUGUUCCAAAACGAGGAAUGUGAAAUCUUCUAUCGUGAUGGCAAAAGACCACGAAGCAUAGCGGAUACACAGCUAUGUGCUGGGAAGCGGACGGGCGGUGUAGACUCGUGCUGGGCUGAUUCCGGUGGACCGCUUGUUUCUGAUACUGAUGUACUGAUUGGUAUAGUAUCGACCGGAAUUGGCUGUGCCAGGGCUGGUUUUCCAGGAAUAUAUACACGAGUCAGUGAGUUCACCAAUUGGAUUGGCGACGUCGUGCACUAAUAAAGCUGUGAUACUUGUUUAACUCUAGUCAAUCGCAAAUACAAACCAGAAAAAAAACAUAGUUAGAUUAAAUGAAAAACUGAAUCAUAUACUCACCUAUUGAAACAGGCCAAUACUGUAAGUUGCAAAUAAAAAUAUAUGAAAAAGCAAAAUAUACAUAAUUCUCCAGUUAAUAUACGUUUCUUAUCCUGAAACACAAACCUGUUAGUACUUGGUUGCAAUAGUUUUUUCAUUGCUGGCCCAUCUUUACCGAUAUAAGAAAG